AUGGUGGCUGAUAAGGGCAAGAAGCUGAAGCUUUCAGAGAAAGCCGAAGAUGAUAACUCGGACCACAUCGACGAGAAGCUCGUCCUUUCCAUCGAAAAGUUGCAGGAGGUCCAAGACGAGCUCGAAAAGAUCAAUGAGGAAGCCAGUGAUAAAGUCCUGGAAGUGGAGCAGAAGUAUAACGAGAUACGCAAGCCGGUCUAUGAUAAACGAAAUGAUAUCAUCAAGUCCAUUCCCGAUUUUUGGUUAACUGCUUUCCUGAGUCAUCCUGCGCUUGGUGAACUUUUGACCGAAGAUGAUCAAAAGAUUUUCAAGCAUCUAACUUCUCUGGAAGUGGAGGAUUUUAAGGAUGUGAAGUCUGGUUACGCCAUUACUUUUCAUUUCAGCCCCAAUCCUUAUUUUGAAGAUGCAAAGCUUACGAAGACCUUUACUUUCCUUGAUGAAGUAACAAAAGUUUCUGCUACAUCAAUAAAGUGGAAAGAGGGAAUGGGCAUACCUAAUGGAGUUAAUCAUGAUAAGAAAGGGAACAAGCGACCUCAGGCUGAGGAAAGCUUCUUUAGCUGGUUUAGUGAUAGUCAACAGAAAGAUAUUUUGGAUGAUGAGAUUCAUGAUGAGAUUGCGGAGGUUAUUAAGGAGGAUCUGUGGCCCAAUCCUCUUACUUAUUUCAACCAUGAGGCUGAUGAUGAGGAUUUCGAUGAUGAAGAGGCUGAUGAAGAGGGAAAGAAUGAGGAUGAUGACUCUGAAGAAGAUGACGAUGACCAAGAAGAUGAUGAAGACGGUGAUGAGGAUGAUGGAAAUGUCCUGCCAUCUAGGCACUUGACUGCUCUCAUAAGCCAGUCACUGGUUCUUGUUUCAUGGCGUUUCUCUGUUACAAUGGGGUUAUUUUUGUGGCAUCUCCCUGAUAUGCAGUUGAAAGCUCAUUGGCAUCAUUUUAUGGUUGACUCUACUAGUAGGGAUUUUCAUUAUCGGGUAUCAAUUUGUAGAGAAAUUCUUACUCUGCCGGAAAAAGAACAGGAAAAGGUUUCUGCUGGUCUUGGAAACCAUGAAUGCUUGGCAGAGUUUUAA